UGUGUGCAUAUCCUUGCGGCUCUGAGAGGAGAAACGGUGGGGCUGAGACCGCGAGGAGACUGACUGAAAGAAGAAUGGGUCAGUGACAGCGAGGGCAGUGUGAGGCAGGGGCUACGAGCCUACUGUGAUCCAGUGGCAGUGACAGCGAGGGGACUGUGACCGAGAUGUAGCUGCUUGCGAGGGGUCUGCGACCCAGGAGCAGUGAACGCAAAGGGACUCUGACCUCGGAGAGAGGCAGAGGUUGCCAAGGAACUAUGACCGAGGAAGUAUGAGGCAGUGACCGCGAGGGGACUGUGACCAAGGGCCAAUGACUCGGAGGAGACUCUGAUCGAUGGGCAGUGACUGCGAGGAGACUCUGACCUAAGGGAACAUGAAGCAACGGCUGUGGAGAGACUCUGACCAACGAGCAGUAACUUUGAGCGGCUGACUCGGAGAAGAAAGAGUGUGGGACGAGUGACUGGCUAUGUUUAACAUCAGACUCUAGAAGAGUUCUUGCUACAACAGUGAUUCUUAAACCGGGUUGCGUAGGAAUAGGGAAGAUGUAGCAUACUUCAUAUUUUACCAUACUUUUAUUUAAAAUAAGAUGGAUGCACAGAGUUCAGCCAAAGUCAACACAAGGAAGAGGAGGAAAGAGGCACCUGGACCCAAUGGGGCAACAGAGGAAGAUGGAAUUCCUUCAAAAAUGACACGCUGUGCAGUUGGCUUACGAGAGCCAGCUCCUUUUUCUGAUGAAAUUGAAGUAGACUUUAGUAAGCCCUAUGUCAGGGUAACUAUGGAAGAAGCCAGCAGAGGAACUCCUUAUGAGCGGCCUGUGAGAGUUUAUGCAGAUGGAAUAUUUGACUUAUUUCAUUCUGGUCAUGCCCGGGCUCUGAUGCAAGCAAAGAACCUUUUCCCUAAUACGUACCUCAUUGUGGGAGUUUGCAGUGAUGAGCUAACGCACAACUUCAAAGGCUUCACCGUGAUGAACGAAACUGAGCGCUACGACGCAGUACAGCACUGCCGCUAUGUGGAUGAGGUGGUGAGGAACGCCCCCUGGACCCUGACGCCAGAGUUCCUGGCAGAACACCGGAUUGAUUUUGUAGCCCAUGAUGACAUCCCUUAUUCUUCUGCUGGUAGUGAUGAUGUUUAUAAACACAUCAAGGAAGCAGGCAUGUUUGCUCCAACACAGAGGACAGAAGGUAUCUCCACAUCAGAUAUCAUCACCCGAAUUGUCCGUGAUUACGACGUGUAUGCCAGACGGAACCUACAGCGGGGCUACACGGCCAAGGAGCUCAAUGUCAGCUUUAUCAACGAGAAGAAAUACCACUUGCAGGAGCGGGUUGACAAAGUAAAGAAGAAAGUGAAAGAUGUGGAAGAAAAGUCAAAGGAAUUUGUUCAGAAGGUAGAGGAAAAGAGCAUUGACCUCAUUCAGAAAUGGGAGGAGAAAUCCCGAGAAUUCAUUGGAAGUUUUCUGGAAAUGUUUGGUCCAGAAGGAGCACUGAAACACAUGCUGAAAGAGGGGAAAGGCCGGAUGCUGCAGGCCAUCAGUCCAAAGCAGAGUCCCAGCAACAGCCCCACUCGUGAACGCUCCCCUUCCCCCUCUUUCCGAUGGCCCUUCUCUGGCAAGACUUCCCCGCCUUCCUCCCCAGCAAACCUCUCCAGGCACAAGGCUGCAGCCUAUGAUAUCAGUGAGGAUGAAGAAGACUAAUUUUUCACCCCGCCUGUCCUCUCCCGUCCCUCUGUCCCAUCACCUGCAGAAGCUCUCUGUUGAAUUCCAAAUUGUGAUCCCAACACUACACCUAAGGACAGCGACAAGGAAAGACAAUUGGGGCAAGAGGACCUAGGCUGGGGGUCCAGACAGCCCAUCCUUCCAGAGACAUCUCCCACCACACUAAGGAGGCUGACUAUGUCUUAGAAGCCGGUUCUGCAUCCAAUACCCUCCCCACAGGCGUCGCUUUACUGUUUAUGUGAUCUUGACAGGGAAAUUGUCGUUUUUAUUUUUUUAAAAAUUAGUCUUUCAAAUUGUAAGUAGGACUAAUUUUUUGCCCCUGAGGAGUGGGCAGAAGGAAGUGGUAUGAUACCCAGAGGCCUUUUCUUCCUGAUACACUAUAGCGUUUGCCUUCUGUUCUGAGGCAAACUGGCUUGCCAAGUCCUUCAAGCAAUGAGCCAUGCUGAUGGGUGAUUUGGGGAGACAUAUACUUCUGGUUUCCUUUAAAAAAAAAAAAAA